AUGCGCUAUCGGUGCGGGGGUCACGAACUAUGACCUUUAACAGAAGAAAAUAACAAUUCUUAUUUUUUAUAAAACAACCGAGCGCCUUAAAGCUGAGAGCGGCGUCCCUCUGAGACCUCACUAAUGACUCCACAUGAUCAUGGCGACCAACCUGAACCUGCUCUCUCAGCAGAAAUCAGACUCUGAGCAUGAGGCAGAGGGGUCAUGCUCUCCAUCAGAUCCAGUGAUGGGUGAGUCUCCCCAGCGCUUUCGGGUCAUCUCUGCAGAGCCUGCCACAACACCACAGCGAAUACAGAUUGUAACCGACCAGCAGACGGGUCAGAAGAUCCAGAUCGUGACUGCGAUGAACCCGUCCAGUGCUUCAAAGCAGCAGUUCAUCCUGACAACGGCUGACAGCUCGGGGGCAAGCAAGGUUAUCCUGGCCUCACCGGAGACUCACAACUCGAAGCAGGUCAUCUUCACAGCUGCAGACAGCCUGAUGCCAGGAAGGAUACAGAUUGUCACAGAUCCAGUGUCAAUGGAGCGUUUGUUGGGACAGUCAGGAGAUCUAAGUCGAUCUCAGCCUGUGGAAUAUUGCGUGGUGUGUGGCGACAAAGCUUCAGGGCGUCACUAUGGAGCUGUCAGCUGUGAGGGAUGCAAAGGUUUCUUUAAGCGGAGUGUGAGGAAAAAUCUCACCUACAGCUGUCGCAGUAAGCAGGACUGUGUCAUCAACAAGCAUCACCGCAACCGCUGCCAGUUCUGCCGGCUGAGAAAAUGCCUUAAGAUGGGGAUGAAAACUGAUUCUGUCCAGAGUGAGAGGAAACCCAUCGAUGUUGUUCCCAGAGAGAGACACUCCAACUGUGCUGCCUCCACCCAGAAGAUCUACAUCCGCAAGGAUCUCAACAGCCCACUCAUUGCUACACCAACCUUUAUCUCUGACACGGAUACAGAUGGUUCCAGAUCCAGCCUGCUGGACCAGGGAAUGCUGGUUAAUAUCCAGCAGCCGGUUAUUCAGACUGAUGGGACGUUGCUGUUGGCAACAGACUCCAAGAUGGAUUCUGAGCACGGAAACCUGGGGACGCUAGCCAAUGUUGUGACAUCACUUGCCAACCUUAGUGACUCCCUGAAAGAAAGCCUGAACAAUGGUGAUACCUCAGACAGCCAGCAGGAGGAGCAGUCUGCAAGCGAGAUAACACGUGCCUUUGACACUCUGGCCAAAGUCUUCAACCCUCCUGAAGCAGGGGCAGAACAGAACCUGGCUGAGAAGUCACAGUGUGUCAGUGGGACUACCAUCCAGCUGAUUGGACGGGACCAAGAGACGCCCAUCAUUGAGGUGGAGGGACCGCUGCUCACUGACAGCCAUGUUGGUUUCAAGCUGACCAUGCCCAGCCCCAUGCCCGAGUAUCUGAAUGUGCACUACAUCUGUGAGUCGGCGUCCAGACUCCUCUUCCUCUCCAUGCACUGGGCACGCUCCAUUCCUGCCUUUUCAGCACUUGGGUGGGGGAGAAAAAGAAAUCGGCACAACAAAAGUUUUCCUGUCGUGUUUGCAAUGCUGCCAUCUCCUGUUUGUUUGCAGUAUGUCUUACAUGUUUAUGUAUUUCCCAGUCAGGAGGCAAACACAAGCUUGGUGCGAGCUUGCUGGAACGAGCUGUUCAUCUUGGGUCUUGCUCAGUGCGCUCACGUGAUGAACUUGUCAACCAUCCUCGCUGCCAUCAUUAACCAUCUGCAAAGCAGCGUCCAGGACGACAAACUUUCUGGAGAGAGGGUGAAGCAGGUGAUGGAGCACAUCUGGAAGUUCCAGGAGUUUUGUAACAGCAUGACACGGCUGGAGACCGACAGCUACGAAUACGCCUACCUAAAGGCUAUUGUGUUGUUCAGUCCUGAUCACCCAGGAGUGGAGAGCAGCGGCCAGGUUGAGAAGUUCCAAGAGAAAGCCCUGAUGGAGCUGCAAGACUAUGUGCAAAAAACAUAUCCUGAAGACACAUACAGACUAACACGCAUCCUGACACGUCUGCCUGCCCUUCGUCUAAUGAACUCAAGUAUCACAGAGGAACUCUUCUUCACUGGUUUGAUAGGCAACGUCUCUAUUGACAGCAUCAUUCCCUACAUCCUCAAGAUGGAGACGGCAGAGUAUAACAGCCAGGACUCGGACACGACAGAAUGACAACACACCAAGGACUUAAAAACUGUCAGUUAAGUUUGUAAAAUCUCAUUUUCAGGUACACGGUCUCUAGAGGGCUGUAGUGGAACUACAAAUCUUUGUUUUCUAACAUCACUUGCCGGAUUUGGCGUAACAUGGCAUUGGAAAACCAGGAUGACCAGGAAUGUUUUCUGCACUUCAUGCUGUGAGUCACUCUUUAACUACAUGAAAAAAAAAAAAAAUCAGUCAGCUGUAACUCCUCAACUGUCUCUUUUAAUAUUUUCUUCACAUUUGAUCCUCAUUGUCAAAUAGUUUGAAGUUUAAAUAAGCCAUACAUUCAGUGAUGUUGAUCAAACAGAUGUAAUAUUGAGUACCAGCCUUUGACCCCAAAAUCUCAAAUAAAAUACCAAACACAGCCUGAAAUGUAAACAUCAGAUUAUGUAAACCUGCAGGAGGAUCAUAUUGUUUUGGUUUCUUCUGCUGCCAGGACUUCUGCAGUCCGUACGUUUCAUGUUUGUGUCAAAAGUCUCAGACUCAAACACAGACGUCUCUAAUAGCCAAGAAAUUUAAAGUCACUUUUACAUCAGAAUAUAUAUAAAUUGGAUUUGUAUGUUUUUUUUUUUUACUUUGAUGUUUUUGUCCAAGUAUUUUAACAAAAGCUAAUUAACAAGCCUCACAAUUGUUACAUAUUACCUAAAUGGAAGCCUUUCACUUAUUCUGUUUAUUUUACGACACUUACACCCAGAUCCACUGGCCUGAACUAUGAAGCAGGUUCAUCAAGGUAAAUUUAAUUUCAGGUUCAGUUUAAGAUGAAGCUGAUUCACUUCUUACUUUGAUCUAUCACUAUGAUAACUCAUAGAAGAAACUCGGAUAUUAGAAAAACUGAAAAUAAAGCAGUAUUAUUGCUCAAUAUUGAGAAAGAUUGUAGAUGUUAAGAUUAACCCUUAUUUCUUUAAUUGUUCACGUUCUUGUUCCAUCAUUGUAGUACAAUUACAAUUAUGCUUUGAUCAUUUGAAUAUAGGAUUGAAAUGCAUUCUAGUCUUCUCAUCCUCAACAAUUAUUUUUGGGAUUUUUUUCUAUGUACUAUCACUGGUAUGUGCCAACAUUAGUAAUUUGAUUAGCAUUGAUCUGACUAAAAAAUAAAAAACAAAUGGCAACAAGAUUUAUUUUCAUCUUGUUGCCAUUUGCUUCUGGAUGAGGAGGGGAGGAACUUUGUUAUAGCGAUGCAACGUAGCAAUUGUGAUGAGCAGAGAAGCUAUGCUGAAAUCAGCGGUGUGGUUGUUUCUUUUUAUGGUGUUGAAAGAAUAGUGAAAUAUAUAUAUGUAAUGUAUGUAAUAUCUGCAAAUAUAUGAGUUAUUGGCCAUAACAGCUGUAUUAAGAUUGGAUUUUGAUAUUAGCUAAAUUGUUCAUAUCAGAGGAUCCCUAGUUUUUUUUUUUUUUUUUUUUGCCAUCUUCCAUCCUUCCUUUCUCCGUCUUCUUCUUCUUUAAUUACCGCUCCAUCUCUUUUAUAUGAACACUCUUGUAUUCUGGGUCACUCAGGCUUGCUGAGUUGAUAAUAAGCUUCCUUCCGAGUCACAAAGAUGUAAUCUUCAAAUCGAUUUUUAGUGAAACUGGUCCUCUAAGAGAAAAUGUGUUUGAACCUGCUUCCUAGCAGAAGGCCUUGGUCUGAGUAGUGCUGUUGUCUUUUAUUACCAUAAAGGACAUUUCUUGGUGUAUUUGAAUGUGGAUGCAUUUAUCAAGGUACGCUUGGGCUUUUAAAAUCUGUGCAAUCACUCCACUUAUUUUUCCUUAUUGACAAUCAGUUACGUUUUGUCCUUCUGUCCCAUCAGUGUUACAGCUCAGUAGACAUAUGUCUUUCUUUGUCUCCAAUCAAUUUAGAAUGUUGUAAAGACAAUUAUUUAAAAGCUUUGGGUUUAAAACUCAUUAUAAAGUGUAGUUAUGCUGCACUUCAUGUUUGCAUUGGUAUUUUGUUGCACAAUGAUCAGCUUAUGUGAUGUUCCACUGCAUUUAGGCUGACUAAAACUGUAUAUUUUGUAUGUUUUUUGAAAACAUUCGUUUGUUUUGAACAAAUUUGCUUGUUGCAUACUAAGUGUACUUAAAGUACUUUUGGGCAGGUAUCCCUGAUUGGAAAACAAUGAGAUUCUGCGGAAAGCCAGCCUUGAAUCCAUUCACGUCUUGAGGACAGCAUUGAGAUAUGCAUUGGCUUUACCCUCUUGUAUAUAUGUUUAAAUAAACAUCCACAGCAACAUGAAUGGUAACGGGGAUGUACAUAAGUCAGCUAGGUUUGUGUCUCAUGAACAUCAAUUGUAAUAUUUUGGUUUUAAACCUGAAAAGACUCUUUCUAAAAAGGCACUGGUGAUGAAGUGGCAUUUGUACAUGUAACGGACAUUAAAAUGAGCGCAUGUUGUUUUUAAACAGGGUUUUAUAAUCUUUCUGUGAGCCCUAAUUGUUGUCAUUUUUAUAGUGCAUUGCCAUGCAUGAAGAAAUUGCUUAAGCACAUUUUAAUAAAUGCAGUAUGUGAAAUAUUGAUUUAAAUGUUGUGGCUUUCGCAGCUAUUCCAGGCGCAUAGAUCAUCCUCUUUUGUGGUAUCAUUUGGGGAACAAUUUUUUUGAUACUAUGUGAAUCUACUCUGUUCUUCUUUCUGUCUCCAGACGUUUGAAUGAUGAAUUUUAAACAUUUGUUUCCCAAGAUGGUUACAACCCUACAUUUCUACCUCACUGAUAUAAAUCAAAUGUAUUAACAACUGAACUCUUGUUUCUGCAUUCCAGUAGGAGGCUAGCUUCUCUGAAGCAAUGUGUCUUAUUUCAACUAAAAUAAACAUCUAUUCAUUUAAUGUAA